UACGGUCGCGGUGCCCUAUCAAAACGCGCGCCGCGCGCGCCGGUCGUUGCCCUGAGCCCCGCGCGUCGCCACCAAUCGUCAUUCGUCAGUUAGUUUGACGACGGCGUGCGUGUUUAGUAGCCACGUCGCACCGCGUGUAUUGCAGUGUAAAUAAAAUGCUAUCCUCUAGAAAUAAACACAACGGUAAAUCUUCUGAUUAUUCUGUUCUAUCCAUCAACAGAUUGAUUGAUCUUGUAAAGCAGAAUCCUAUAUUAUAUGAAGCCAAGCAAAAUUUUCGAAAUAGUGGUUUUACAUCAAAAAACAUGUCUUCACAACGAAAAUCUGCUUGGGAAGCUAUUGGAAAAGAUUUGAAUCAAGCGCCAGACGAAUGUAAGAAAAAAUGGAAAUAUUUGCGGGACGGCUAUGUAAGAAGUAUGAAAACUAAUGGAAGUAAUCUGCAUCGCCAUAUUUUAUCUUUUCUAGACGACCACAUUGAUUGCACAAAAAGUAAACCUAGCCAUACCAAAAAUUCUAAUAAAGAUAAUAACCAAGUUCUUAUUACACUUGAUAUGAUCCAAUCGCUAGUGAAUGAGAAAACCGAUGAUGAUAAAAAUGAUGAUGCUUUAGUAGAUGCCACUAGUGAUGUACUCAGCUUGUUGUUUAAUAAGAGUUUAGAAGACACUAUCAAUAAAUUUACUGAGCCUAAAUGCAGUGCACACCACUCGUCUACAAUCGAAUAUCCCGACGAAUAUCCCAAAAAAGUUGAGGAAACAGCAGCUGAAUGUUGUAGCAGCAUUAUUAUUUCCGAUGUUGUGUCACUCAGUACUGAAGGAAGAAACAGCGAAACUGAAGAUUUAACAGAACUAAAUACCUUAAAGCGUAAAUUACACAAUAGUAGCGAAACUGAAAUUCCAAAUUCUAAGACUUUGAAGACUGACCUCGUAGAACCCUCGAAGGAACAGCCUGAUAUUGCAGUAUUUUUCAAAGAUAUUGGUGAAUACGUCACAGCACGCUUUCCUCUUAAGAAGCAGAUAGAGUUGCGAAUGAAAGUGUUGUCUUUAGUUACACAAGCAGAAUUAGAAUUAUUGCAUGGAGAAGAAGAAUAAUCACAAACUGUACUACUGUAUU